CUUCCGUAUUAUUGCAGUGGACUUCCGAGUUUCUAAAAUUGUAAUUUUGACGACGCAGGUGCAUCAAACGAGUUGGCCGCGGUGUGACGUCAUCACAGCGCGACUGGAAGAGUCAACUUUCCAAAGUUACACGCUCGAAUUUGAUUGUAAAUCACUUAAAAACGGAGGCUAGAACAAACUUUGUGCGCUUGAGCAAAGGAGGGAGGGACACCUCAGUCAGAGGCUGGCCGACGAGGCUUCGAAUAUCCGAGGGGGGGGAGGACGUGACUUCCGGGAAUGUGGUCGUCCGGAGAGCAGCUCAAAGUACCGUGAAGAAGGCGAAGAAGGGCGGCCAGCAUGUCUCUGCUCCUGGACAACCGAUUCUUCGAGCUGCCCGCUGACAACUCCGUCAACACCAAACUCUUUUUGGAGGCCGUCUCGCACCUGCCGUCCUUUUUCGACUGUUUGGGCUCCAACGUGUUCGCGCUCAUCAAGUCGGACGUCAACGGCAACAUUUCGAAAAUCAAAGAAGUGUACGCGAAGGAUCCCCAGAGGUACGUCACCCUGCAGCACAUCCUGGAGGCCGAACGGGAAGACCUGGCGGCCGAGUGGCCCAAAGCCGGCGCUACGCUAGCUCUCAUGUGGCUUAAAAGGGGUCUCCGUUUUAUCCAAAUCCUGCUGCAGAGUUUGGCGGACGGCGAGCGAGACCCGAACCAGCCCAACCACAUCCGCGUCAACGUGACCAAGGCCUACGAGCGGGCGCUCAAGAGAUACCACGGCUGGUUGGUGCAGAAGAUUUUCAAAACGAUGCUGUACGCGGCUCCCUACCGGUCCAACUUCCUCAAGGCGCUCUCCAAAGGGGAGGACGUGAAAGAGGAAGUGUGCCUGGAGAACGUGCGUCACUUCCUGGUCAACUACGCCGCCACCGUCGACGCCAUCUACGAGAUGUACGCGCGGCUCAACGCCGAGCUGGACUACACCGUUUGACGCGAUUUGUGUACCUUCCACGUUUUAUUUAUUUAUUUCGUUUUUUUUUUUUUUUUUUUUUUUUUUUUUUUGCCCAAUACAUAAUCCUUCCACUUGAAUGUUACAUUUGAGUGUGUUUUUAAUGCAUUACUCUUGUGCUACGUUUUAACAUGAUGUCAUAAACACAACUGGUGCCUUAACAAGACUGGACCAACGGACAGCGUUGGAAAUUAAUUUUCUGAGCCGCUUAUGCUCACAAGUGUCGCGGGAGGCGGCGUGGACCCUGGAGUUGUUGCCAGCCAAUCGCAGUGGACAUACAAACAAACAUUCACAGCGACGGGCAAUUGAAUGUCUUUGAAUGAAGCUACCAUGCAAGUUUUUGGGGUUGCGGGACGAAACCCAGACGAGCGAACGCCGCACAGGUGGGGGCGGGAUUUGAACCCCAGUCCUCAGAAGUGUGAGGCAGACGCUCUAAGCCAGGGGGUUUUCAAAGUCUAUUUUCUCGCGGGCCACAUUCUGGUUCUGGCGUCCCUCAGCGGGCCGUUGUGGGUAUGAAACAAUUAAAAAAAAAUGUAAUCGAAUGAUCACUUUUACGUCAUCAAUUUAUGAACUAGUUUUGUAAUCGGAAAUCAAGGGCAAUGGGUUUUUUUCACUGGUAACACAAAACUGAUCGUAAUAUCUCAACUUCGUCAUUUAUGAUGGUGACGUUUUGAAAGUUUUGGUACAGAUUUGUGCAAGAACCAUGAAAAUUGACACUCUAGAUUUGGGUCCGCGGCCCACAUAAAAUCAUGUGGCGGGCCGAAUCUUG